AUGGAGGGUGUUGAUGUCCGCGCUUCUGCAGACGAAUUUUGGGCAGGCAUCGCCUCCACACCCUCCGUCCUACGAGAAUCUGUCGCGCAAUCAUUACAAACCUCUCGCCCACGUACAUCACGUUUUCGCCCUGGUUCUUCUAUCGCUCCUUCUUCUCAUCGUCCACCUGUCCUCGCUAGCGACAGACUCCUUAUAUGGUCCACUCCGGCAGGUCUUGAGUGGCAAGCCGAUCUUGAACGCAGAUUCCCUGAUCAUUCUUUAUAUCGUCUCUUUCACGUCAUGAUCCGUUCCCUUGAUCAAGACACGCGCAGUAAUUAUGGAGCUGGGCUCCUGCGUUUCACGCAAUUUUGCGAUUCAAUCAACGUCCCAGAACACGAUCGCAUGCCCGCUUCAGAGGUUCUUGUUGCUCAAUUCGCAGCGGCGCAUGCCGGCUCCGCGUCUGCAAAGACUCUUAACAAUUGGCUAUGCGGCUUACAAUUCUGGCACAUUAUCAACGGCGCACCUUGGCCUUCAGCUUCCUUAUUGCAUCACACUCGCAGAGGCUUCUCUAAGAUGGUUCCUCCGUCCUCUCAUCGUGCAAAACGUCCUCCCGUGACCAUAGAAGCUUUAUCCAUUCUGUUCGACAAUCUAGAUCCUGCGUCCCACCUUGACUGCGCUGUCGGUGCCGUUGCCAUGGUAGCCUUCUGGUCCUGCUGCCGU